GUGAGAUAUCAAAUGGAUUGAGUUUUAGUGCUUUUGAGUCUCGACGGUCGCGGGACGAUGUUCGAAGCGAAUGCUUGUGUUUAAUGUUGACUUCAUGCUUGGCUCAUAGUGCAAGGUGCGUCUUUUUAUUUUUCUCUGUCUGUCGAACGUAGUUUAAACGUUUUAACUUUGUUCUUGUAAGCUAUUUUUUUGGGACUGAUUACAAUUUUAGUUUGAUCUUUAUAGAAAAUGAGCGUAUAGUGACGACGGCCGACUGCGGCUGACUUUUGGUCGGUACCUGCGAGCCGUAUUGACGCGUUAGUCAAUAUCGACAAAAAAUCUCUUUUUGACAGUAAAAGACACACACACACACGAGCUAAAAGAAGCAGACAAAAAAUAUAGUAUUCUGCCUGAACCUCAUCAAUCACAGAAGUUUUAACCAUACGCAUAAACAGCUGUGUAGUUAAAGUUAUGCGUUGAUAUGUGCUACGUGUUCUUCACUUAUUUUCAAUGAAUUGCAGAGAAAAAUGAACCUUGCACGCAUGUAGUACAGUACAAUUUCACUGCAAUGUCCCGGCAACGGCCGAGUUUUCGAAAAUUACGCAAAAAAUGUUACUAUGUACAGUAAGAUAUAGGUGGGAGAAAACUGUAAUCGUUAGGAAACUUUAAUCCUUAGAAGAAUUUUGAGACUCAAGGCUCGUUGAUUAAACAUUUCUUCUUCAUAAAACGUUAUCACUUCAUAGCGUUCGUACCACAUAAACACGUGUACAACAAUGACCUUAUUCAUGGUUUAUCAUCCAAUCUCGACGAAAACUGACCUUGUCGAAGUUUGUUGAUUUGUUUUCACCUAAAUUGAAUCGUAUUUUGGUGAGAUCGGACUCUACAGAUAGUUUUAACAAAAGAGCUGUCUAGUUUAAUUCGUAAAAACUUAGGUGACAAAAUGUAACCUUGUAUACGAGCUUUGAUGGCGUCAUGCGCUGCAAAAUAAACUAAUGCGCAUAAUGCGGCUCGCAUAAUGUCUUACUAAAGAUCAAAUCCCAUACAUUCCAUUGGAAAUUUCCCACACCAAACCAACGGAAACUUUACAUAAUGACUAUGGAAAAGAUCAAUCAUAUAAUAAUCCUUUGGGAUUAUUCAGUAUUAUUAUGAAUAACUCAGAAUGAGAGCUUUGUUUGUUUCACUGCAGACACAUUGUUAUGUAUAUUUGUGUUAGUACCAAGAAAAAGUAACUUAGAGAAAAAGUGAUAUUUAUUUGACACAGAAAACAUAUAAGAUCGCAUUGCCUGUUUAGCCAGCUAAGAUCCACUGGCAUAAUCUGUAGUUCUUACCUACCCUUUUUCUGCCAGGAAAAGAUUAAAUUGUGUUGCUAUUAGAGAGAAUGAAGGUCAGGAGUAAGGAGAUGGUUAUGUAAUGAUUUAAGGUAUAGGUAUAAUUUGUUUGUUGCUCCUUCAAGGAAUGUCUACUGCAAAGAGAAGACGAUGGCAUAUCCCUGCCUCAGUUACAGCAAAAACAACAUUUAAUCCUAUUAGAUCCAUCGUAGACAGAAUGAAAAUAACACCAAAUCCCACCAAGAAAAUGAUUGCUCUAUCAAUAGGUAAGUUACUAUGAUAGAUUUCUUUUGUCUCUGAGAUGAAGAAAAGUGUUAGAAGGGAACUGACACAGGCUUUGCAGACCAAGCUAAGGUGGAAUGAGAAAAUCUCCACAACAAAGAAAUAUUACAACAUACAUAUGAUGGGUGUAGGAGGGUAACUAAUAUUAUUAUAUUAAUAUUAAUUUCCUGUUAGGAAAGAAAAUGGCAAAGAUUGGUUCUAUUUUUAACCUGGCUUGGUCUUAUAUUCAAUUACCUAAAUUUUUUUUGUCUAGGGGAUCCAUCAGUGUUUGGGAAUUUAGAGCCUUGUCAAGAGAUGUUGGAGGCUGUUGUGAAGUGCCUAAAGCAAUCAAAACAUAAUGGAUAUGCUCCUUCAACAGGUUAUUAGAAUAGAUAACUUUGUUUUUAGAUCUUUCUGAGGUAUCGCAGGAUGAAAAUUAGGAUUUUCAUUCAAACUGAAUUAGUAUACAGAAUGGGAGCUUAUUCUUUCAUGCCAAGACUUUUAUUAAGAUAAGUUCAUUUUAUGAUGCUUUUUUUAUCUACAUCUUUUGUUUUUAUCAGAACGUGAUAUGCACAUGUUGAACUAAAAUAGGGUGUGUGGGAUUUUCUAGUUUCUUUUUUCCAUUACUUUUUUAGAUAAAGCAUCUACAUCAAACACUUUGCUUAAAAGCUCUACUUUACAGUUAAAAAAAUGAUUAAAAAAAAGCAUCAAAACACAAAUGACACCCAAUAUGUCCAGAUCACAUUCUGAUGAAAAACAGAAAGGUGUUGAUUAAAAGCCCUUUCAGAUAAAGUUAUCUUGUAAAAUAUAUUUCAUAUACAGUAGUUUUGACCACAACAAUGUGUAAAAACAAUAAAAUUUUUGAAUAAAAUAGAAUAAAAUUUUCAUUCAAAAGUUAGGGCUAUGAAGGUAUCUUUGAAUGCACAAAGAAGAAUAUUAGUCAUGCCUGCCAUUAUGAAAGAGGUCUUUUCAGGUUUCUUCAGACAAUAACAGGAAAAAAAAAGACUGAACUGUAAACUGUUAAUAUUGUUAACUUAAGUGGGCUCUGCUUAGUACAGAACUUACAGUAAUUCUUAACUAUGAUAACUCAUGUCCAACAUGCAUAAAUGACCUUGAUAUUGCAGGUUAUGUCAAGGCUCGAGAGGCAAUUGCUGCAGAGCAUUCCUAUCCUUUCUCCCCAAUAAAUUACAAGGUAAAAUGGCCUUAAUCAACCAGUUAAAACUCAUUUGAGAAGAGUGUUAAUUUUGGAGGAGAAUGCUCAGUUCUCUGACAUCUUUAAAAAUAGUUUUUGGGAGCUUUGAUAUCUUGUCCCAUUGGUAAAAAGAUAAUGACAACCUUUGAAUAUUUCAUAUUCAGUAAUUAUUAUUAUAAUUUUGUGUUUUUUAGGAUGUUGUUCUAGCAUGUGGUUGCUCUGGGGCUUUGGAAUUGGCUUUAGAUGUUCUACUAAACCCUGGAGAUAAUGUUCUUCUGCCCAAACCAGGCUUUUCUAUUUAUCAGACACUGAGCAUAUCCAGAGGCCAUGAAGUCAGACAUUACAAUCUUUUGGUAUGGUUCUCAUUGGAGUUAUGCAAAACUUAAGUGUGUUUUAAACCAGUGCAAUCCAGGGUCAUUUCCUGCUAUUGCUUACACAAGUUAUUACCUAUAAUUCUUCAGGAGUACAAACAAUAAGGAAAAGUCAAAAUAUCUUUUAUUUUCCAACUGAUAUCUAUUAACAAAUAAUACUUGUAUACAGUUGAAAAUGAACUUAAGAUGUUUGCAAAUUACUUGUCUGGUUUAGCCUGAGAGAUCCUGGGAGAUUGACCUUGAUCACCUUGAGUCACUGAUUGAUGACAGAACCAGAGCAAUACUUGUUAACAAUCCAUCCAAUCCUUGUGGUUCAGUUUAUUCAAAAGAACACCUGGAAGCUAUUCUCGAAGGUAAAUAUAUAUGUCAUCUCAAUUCAUUUGACCAAAAAUAAAUUCUCAAAGAAACUAAUGUAGUACAUGACACAGAGUCAAAUUUUCGAACUUGAUGACAUUUAUCAAUCAAAGUUUUUUCACUAAACAUCAUUGUAAUUAUACUUUUCAGUUGCUGAAAGAUACAUGCUUCCUAUUAUUGCAGAUGAAGUAUACGAAUAUGCUGUAAGUGUUCUACAAACACUAAAAGAAAAAAAAUAAACAAAAAAACAAAAACAAAUCAAAGAAAAACAAAAGAGGAAAAGAAACCAGGAAUCAUGUGUAAUUUUUCCCACUUAGUGCAUGUUCAUUUUGGAAUUAAUUAACUGGCAGUAAUGAUAAUUCAUCCUUGGCAGUAGAAGAACAAAAUAAAAAUUUAGUCACUGAUUGUAAGUCAGUUGACAUGUCAUUCUUCACUUAAUUCAAAUGUUUCAUUUCUAUCCCUGUUAUCUCCAGGUUUUUCCUGGAUACAAGUUUUACCCACUUGCACAGUUAUCAGACAAUGUUCCCAUUUUGACUUGUGGUGCAAUUUCAAAAAGGUAAGGAAAUAUGGAUUUGCCUCAGACAUGUACACUUCUCUGUAAUUUCAACUAAUGCAAAUGGAAAUGUGAUGAAUUCUUUCUUGAUUUUUUUUCAGCCUUUUUUUCACUUGUUUCUAAAAAUGUUCUUUCUUCUAUCCUAGUUUAUUAUUAUUAAUUUUUGGUUGAGACACCUCAUAAGCUUUCCUUACCAAUUUGAAUACAAUAAUGGUAAUUCCACAUUAUGUUUAUCUGGCCAUGCUUACUGCUAGGUUUCUUGUGCCUGGCUGGAGAUUGGGAUGGGUCAUAAUCUAUGACAAAAAUGAAGCAUUUGAAAGUGAGGUAAGCUACCCUAAACCAUCAUCAUCUACAUGCAGUGUAAAUAAAUAGCCUUUAGACACUAAAAAUGCGAAUUAUUCAUAUUGAUCUGGAUGGUGUUAAAGAACACAGUGUAUUGAAACCUCAUUUUUUUUACAUGUGUAUAUCCUUGCUUGUUGCUCUGUUGCCCUACAAAUGAUAAUUAUCUAUUUAUUAAUAUAAUAUUUGUGUAAUAAACAGGUCAGAACAGGACUGAUAGCACUUUCCCAGCAAAUCUUAGGCCCAAACACUCUCAUUCAAGGAGCUCUUCCAGAAAUACUGACCAAUACACCACAAAGCUUUUUUGACAACACAAUGAGGACAAUUCAGGUGAGGAGAAAUGUUGUAGCCUAAUGAUCCUCAUUAGUAACUCUUUGAAGGGCCAUUUUUAAUAGAAAUUAUGUUUGGUUUCAUAAUUCACUCCUCUUGCAAAAUGCAAAACUACCAGUAAGACUUAUGGAGACUAGCUCUGUGCACACUAAUUUUUCCUGGCUCAAGGUGUUUUGCUUGGUUAUACUUUAAGUUCUCAUUGGCUCUUUUAUUUUGUUUACCUUGAUUGGUGGCUGAUCUCUCAUUACUCUUCUUUCAGUUCAAUACAACCAAUAGACUAGAGACUAUAUGUAUUACAAAGUAACCGAAAGAAGCAUUGUUCACUUUGUUUUUCUUUUGACAGAAAAAUGCUGAAAUACUUUAUGAAGCACUGCUAAGAAUUCCAGAACUGGAACCCAAAAUGCCAUGUGGAGCAAUGUAUAUGAUGGUUAGUACUUUCCAGGGAAGUGGAAAUUAAGCAUCAGAAAAAUCACAUAUGCCCUAAAAUCUAACAGUUGAACUGCAAAACAUUAAAAAGCCUUGAAAUUUGUUAAUUUUUUUCUGAUAUACACUGCCACAAUGUACCUUGAGAUCAAACAACAAGUACUCUUUAAUUGGACCCUGAGAUACAACAUUUUUAUAUUUUUCUGUGAGCCCACUGUGCAACAUGUCUUUCAAAUAAAUGUUACAUUGAGUUAACCAUUACUAGGUCGUGAACCUAAAGACUUCAGUGGCUGGAAAUUGAAUAAUUUGCAUUCAUAUAGAGAGGUUUGCUAUUUCAGAAUCAUUGUUAUCACAAAGUGAAUUCCACAAUCUUGUAACAAGUCACGUUUACUUUAUAAAUAAACAAAAUGAGUGCAGUACAGGAACAGGUAAAACUGGCCUAUUCAUUGUGCCAGAAGCAUAAAUUUUUUUCUAAGCAAGGAUUUGAUGAAAAGCCCAGACUGGUACACACUAGUGUAAUACAAACCUACUUUUGACUUGUCUUUUUAAUACACAUCCUACAUGCGUAUGUGAAGUUAAAAGAUCUCUUUUUUUCUUUAAGGUUGGAAUUGACAUAUCCAAGUUAGAUGGCAUUGUGGAUGACUUAGACUUCACUGAAAAACUGAUCUCAGAACAAUCAGUGUUUUGUCUACCAGGAAAGGUAGAUAAUUGUAACAUAGGUGUUUUUCCUUUUUAGUAUUCACUGUGAGCAGCAUAUGUGGCCACUAUGAGUAUUAGAAGAAAGGAAAUGAAGUAAAUGCCAUCUAAAUUUAAAAAAAAAAGAAUUGGAUCCCAUUUAAUUGGAGUGCAAAGACAAAGUCAAUUUCAACAAAGUUCAAGCCAUUCUAAAUUACCAGUUUAUCUCAAAUUCCAUGCAAUUGUAGCUUGACAUUACUGGUAAUUAUCUAAAUUAUUUGGCUAAGUUUAAAUAGCAGUGAUUUACCUUAUAACCACAUUCCAUUUAAACAGCAAUUAACCCACACAGCAUUAUUCUGUGCUUAAUGAAUCAACUUAUUUAACAACUGAUUCUUCAUUUCAGUGCUUUCAGUAUCCAAACUACUUCCGCAUUGUUCUGACUGUACCGGAAGAAUUGACUCAGUUGGCGUGCAAGAGAAUCAAUGAGUUUUGCAAAACUCACAGAAGAGUGAUUGUCAAAAAGCCUCAGCCUGAAUAGGUACAGGAGCUUGAUCAUAUAACAACAGAUAGUAACUAUACAGACAAGAGUUGGUAGAUUCUUCCUUAAUAGUUGAAAGACUCAGACUUUGUUUGCCUCUUAAUCACAAGUUUUUAUUUUUAUUUUUCAAGCUAAUGCAGCAUAUUCAUGGGUUGCUACAGUCAUAGGAUUUUGAAAUUCCCUGACAAAUAUUAACUUUCCUUGACCAACUGAGUUAAAUAUUUAAAAAAGAAUCCUGAUAAUGGUUGUGGUUGACCAUGGCUAAAAGUAUUCUAUACUCUGACGAAACUAAAAAUUGAUUUUUUUCAAUUUUUUCAAGAAUGUACAGGGAAUUCUCUUGAAAGAUACUUUAACUGGUGCAUAAUUUUAAAUGAAGUUUAGCAACUGGUUUAGCAAAAUCACAAUCUAAACUAUUUUCAAUGUGACCAAAUAUUUUAUUUAAAUGUUGCAAAUUGUACAACAUUGCAACAAGGAAAAUAUUUACUCAACUUACACAAACUACUUACAGUGAUUGUGGUCCAAGUUAAACUUUAUUUAAAUCACAGACCUUUGGUCUCCAGAGUACCCAUUUGAACAAUGUAUAUGAUUUCAAGCAGAUACUCAGGAUUCCAAGGUUCUGUAUCAGACAAUUGUCCUUAUUGAGACAUAUAACAUUUUUUAAGGCUCAAGAACAUUCAUUAAAUAAUAAAGCAGGUAAAUAGGUUUCAUAAACCAUUGGGGAAGCACACGAGGUUCAAAAGUUUAUUUUUACCUUGUUUCAAACCACAUUUGUCCAAUAUGUUAAAUUGCGGAUAAUUAAAUGUUAGGUUUGAACAGUCUUCAAUGUGGAAUUUUCAAACUUAAAGUAGCUAAAUGUGUUCUAUCUUUGUACAUGAAAGGCUAUUUUCAUACUUCAAUAUUUGACAACUUUUCAAGUCAAAUUUGCAGGAAUAUUUGCUAUAUUUUGCAAUAUGUUGGUGGUCUGUCAGAGAAUCAAGUUUAUUACAGUAGAUAAACCCAGCUGGAAAAUAGUUUUAAUAUUCUGAGAUAAAAUGUUUACUGUAUGCUAUACAGAUGACAUUGGUCAAAGAAUUGAAAGUUCACGUCCUAGAAAGAUAAUUAAAGUAAAUUCUUUGUAAUAGAGCCCAGUUAGUGCUCUAACUGAUCAGAAAUGUUUGAUUUUUGUGCCUGUCAGGGACAGCUCUUUUUCUAAGGUACUGUUUGCCAAGAAAGGUUGUGUGAGAAAAGUUGCUUUCCCGGCAUGGAAAACUCUCAUUCCAAACAACUGGAAAGGGGCUUUUAAAAUCCUGAAAUGAUGGAUAUUGGAAAUACUUAAUUGCCUUAAAUUUUUUAUAUAGGGACACCACUAUGAUAUUUUCAUACCUGUAGAGGUCAAUGGAAACAUAUUUUCACUAUUUUAUUUAUUAAUUCAAGGAAGUGUAACACAUUCACAAGGUUCAAUUAGAGGGGAUACAGUCCCAUUCAUUAGAAGUGAAGUUAAAAGGGAUAUAUAUAUUGGAAAACUAAAUGGUGUUUAUUUAAAAAGUUAUUUAGUGGUCAAACUUGUUGUAUAAUAAAUGAGUUGGUAAAGUAAGACAUUGAUUGAAAUGUGUGAUCAUUGUUGUGGGAGAGAAAUAAAAAUUGUAUUAAAGCUCAGGAAUUAGUCUAUACUUUCAUUUAUGAUGUAGAGAUAACCACCGAAAUAAAAAUUUUC